GAGGGCAAUGUCUUUGGCGUAGAAGCUUUAACCCGCACUCGCACCCCUGCGUUUAGCUUUGUCGGAGUUAUUUUUUUCUUAAGACGGAGCUUUUACAUCUACCCUUUCGAUGACACUAGUUGUACAAAAAUGUAAUAAAAUUGAAAGUAAUGCUAUUAACUUGACAGUGUAGGGUCAGCGAGAGUUUUGGGGGUCUUCAGUGAAUAGUUUUGAGUUAACUUGACACAAAUACUUAGCGGUUUAACUGUGAUGCAUUUUUUUUUGUGUUUUUCCGGCAACGGUUUUUGUCUUCAUCGUUUUAUAAAGAUUUCAUUGGCAACCGAUGUAGUUAUAUCCAGGUUUGAAAUAAGUGUUAUCAUUGUGCUGAUUAACUUUGAAAUAUAUGUCUAUACAUUUGUUAUCUUGUCCUUUUCGGUGUAAAACUAGAACACCACGAGAUAAACAAUGAAUAAAUUUGAAUUUACUUUUUUUUAGUUUAAUAUUGAACAUAGCGAAAUCAAGCUCUGUUUAAAUUUUCUAAAAUGUCGGGAUUAACACUAGUUUUAGGGAUUCUCUCUACAACUUUUAUUACAUUCUUAUUUUUUAAAUGGUUCUUGCAAAAUAGAGGAAAGAGGUAUCCAAAAGGGCCAAUGGGAUUUCCGAUCAUUGGACAUUUACCGUUCUUCGGCAGUCACCCGCCUUCAACAUUCAUGAAAUGGCGGGAGUCUUAUGGGGAUGUAUUUUCGAUUAGGUUGGGGAGUUGGCAAGCUGUUGUGGUAAACGGUUACAAAGCGGUUAAGGCCGCGGCCGAACACCCAAACGACGCCUUUAGUGGCAGACCAAACUUCGUUUCAAUGGAGGUUGCAGCCGAACUUAUCAACGAGGAAACAUUUGCCUUUGGUAAUUUCACUCCAGUAUAUCUAAAACAAAGAAAACUAACAUCAAAAGCACUGCGUUUGUUUACGUUCAAAAGAUCAGACGUUAUUGAAGAAUUGGUUACAAACGAGGCUAACGCCUUUGCAGACGCUCUAAUAAGGAAGUACAGUACAACUCCAGGCUAUAUAGAACUUGAUGUUCAGAUUCUAGUUACACGGAUAAUUUACCAAUUUCUCUAUGGAAGAGGUAAACAUGUUGAUGUUGACAGACAUGUUAAAACAAUCAUUAACUUACUGGAUGAAAUUAAUGAAUUUUCCGGAAGUGGGAGUGCUAUAGAUGUGUUGCCAUGGUUACGAUACAUCAUGCCUGGGAAAAUUGAAGCGUUUCGAAAACUGGCAACAGAAUCAGUUGGUUUAAUGAGAGAGCAAAUACAAGAGCACUAUGAAUCGUUUUCUGCAGACGACAUUAGAGACGUGACGGAUGCUAUCAUAGCAAGUGAUGCAGAGGACGAAGAAAACAAAGACAAACAUAUGUUGACAAGGGCAAGGUUGAAUCUAACGUUGGCUGAUCUACAAGGAGCCGGGGUGGACACAACGAACAAAACAUUGUCUUGGCUGUUACUUUACAUGACCAAAUUCCCACACAUUCAAGAGCGUGUGUUUGCAGAGAUAGAUACUGUCGUUGGAAAAUUCCGGAAUGUUCAGUUGAAGGACAAGCCUGACCUUGUAUACACGAAUGCUGUUAUUCUUGAAGUUGCGCGAACUGUUACACAGUUACCAUUUUCACUUCCACAUUUUUCAAUGAAAGAUGCAAAGAUAGAAGGACUUGAUGUAGAUAAGGACACUGUCGUAAUAUUCAAUUUGUACUCUGUACACCACGAAAAAGAGUUCUGGGGAGAUCCAGAAUGUUUCCGCCCAGAACGGUUUAUACUCGAUGAUAAUACCUUAGAUUCAGAUAAAAGCAAUCACAUUGUGGCUUUUGGUCUUGGUAGACGCCGUUGUGUUGGAGAAUUCCUCGCAAAAAUGAAUGUUUUUCUGGCCUUUUCAAACAUCAUGCAAAAAUGCAAGUUUGUGAGACCACCGGGUGAACGCCUGGAUCUAACUCCCAUACCUGGUCUUGUGUACACGUCCAAAAACUUUAAGGUGCUUGUACAGGAAAGAUCUUCAUCUUUAUGAAGUCAUAUGUUGUUUUCCCCUUGGGGCAGAGAAAUUGGCUGCAACCACCUGUCCUUUCGCCCGUCUAUCCGUCCACAACACUUCAUACCCAAUCAAUAUCUUUGCCAUCCGUCAAAGGUUUUCGAAAUUAACCGUUAGAAAUGUUCCUCAUUAUAGGACACUUUGUCGUGUGCAAUAUUCAGGCCUUAGUUCCAACGACAAUGUCAAACUUGGAGGUCAAAUAUUAAUAGGGUCUGUUUCAUAUCCAAUGAACUAGUAGGUCUAUUUUAAUUCAACAGCGAUAUCAGAUAUUAAUUCAAAAUUUUUAUUAUUAUGGAACUACUUUUUUACAGGUGUUUGUUUAUUUUGUUACAGAAUUUGCUUUUUGUUCGGCAAAUAGCUUUAUAGCUAGUGUUGUACUAUUAUACCUUAUCCGACAUAAAAUAACGCUUUUUUAUCAUG